AUGCUGCUGCGGCCCGCCGCGGCCCCCGGGAGCUUGGAGCCCGAGCGGCCGGGCGGGGCCGGGCGGGGGAACCGCCGGCAGCCGCUCCGCCGCCUACCCUGGGCCCUCGGCCAAGGGCAGCCCGGGGUCGCGGCCGCAGCCCGGGGCCGCGGGCGGCGGACAAAGGGCCAUGCGGGGCCGGGAGACGCGGCGCGGAGCGCGCGGGAGUGGGGGGCCGCAGCGACGCCGCUGAGCGCGGCCCCGGGCGGGGCGGGGUCGGCCGCGAUGCCGUGGUUCCCGGUGAAGAAGAUCCGCAAACAGAUCAAGCUGCUGCUCCUGCUGGUGCUGCUUACCUGCGCCGCGUGGCUCACGUACGUGCACCUGAGCCUGGUGCGCCAGGGCCGCGCGCUGCGCCAGCGGCUGGGCUACGGGCGAGACGGUGAGAAGCUGAGUGUGACUGACGGCCGAGGCAUCCGCACUGCACUGGCCACACAGAGGGCAGAGGACUCCAGUGAGAGCCGAGAGGAAGAGCCGGUGUCUGAAGGUCAGGACCCAGGCAUGCUGUUUCCUGGGGGGGCUGGAAGACCCCUGGUACUCAACCUCACCCGUCAAGUGCCGGCGUGGCGGGAGGAGUACAAGGGGCAGGUGAACCUGCACGUGUUUGAGGACUGGUGCGGGGGCGCCGUGGGCCAGCUCCGGAGGAACCUGCACUUCCCGCUCUUCCCUCACACUCGCACCACCGUGAAGAAGCUGGCUGUGUCCCCCAAGUGGAAGAACUAUGGCCUCCGGCUGUUCGGCUUCAUCCACCCGGCGAGAGAUGGCGACGUCCAGUUCUCUGUGGCUUCGGAUGACAACUCUGAGUUCUGGCUGAGCCCAAACGAGAGCCCAGCAGGUGCCCAGCUGGUGGCCUUUGUGGGCAAGACGGGCUCAGAGUGGACAGCGCCUGGAGAGUUCACCAAGUUCAGCUCCCAGGUGUCCAAGCCCAGACGGCUCAUGGCCUCUCGGAGGUACUACUUUGAGCUGCUGCACAAGCAGGAUGACCGCGGCUCGGACCACGUGGAAGUGGGUUGGCGAGCAUUCCUGCCGGGUCUGAAGUUCGAGGUUAUCGGCUCUGCUCACAUCUCCCUCUACACAGACGAGUCAGCCCUGAAGAUGGACCACGUGGCUCACGUGCCCCAGUCUCCUGCCAGUCACGUGGGGGGGCGGCCCCGGCAGGAGGAGCCCAGAGCUGACAUGCUGCGGCCAGAUCCCCGAGACGCCUUCUUUCUCACACCUCGGGUGGAGCCCUCGGAUCUGGAGAGUGUGCUGGAGCCCUGCGCCUAUGCCCCGACCUAUGUUGUCAAGGACUUUCCCAUCGCAAGAUACCAGGGACUGCAGUUCGUGUACCUGUCCUUCGUCUAUCCCAAUGACCACACGCGCCUGACUCACAUGGAGACUGACAACAAGUGCUUCUACCGGGAGUCGCCGCUGUAUCUGGAAAGCGAGGAGGCGGCAGGCCUGGUGCGCGGCCGCUGGCACGAGGACGCCAUUGACUGGCAGCGCACGUUCAGCGUGGGCACCGUGGACUUCGAGCUGUUGCGCUCUGACUGGAACGACCUGCGCUGCAACGUGUCUGGGAACCUGCAGCUGCCGGAGGCCGAGGCCGUGGACGUGGUGGCUCAGUACAUGGAGAGGCUCAACAUGCGCCACAGCGGGCGAUACGCUCUUCUGCGCAUCGUGAACGUGGAGAAGCGCCGGGACUCCGCGCGAGGGAGCCGCUUCCUCCUGGAACUGGAGCUCCAGGAACGCGGCGGGCGCCGCCUGCGCUUGUCUGAGUACGUCUUCCUGCGCCUGCCCGGGGCCGGUGCCGGCGACACUGAGGAAGACAGAGAGAGUCCCGCGCCCGCCGCAGCCUCCUCCGCGCCCCCCGACGGCCGCCCGGGGCUGUGCCGGCCACUGCGCCUGGCUUGGCGCCAGGAUGUGAUGGUGCACUUCGUCGUGCCGGUGAAAAACCAGGCACGCUGGGUGAUACAGUUCCUGGCAGACAUGGCCGCACUGCACGCCCGCACAGGUGACUCCCGCUUCAGUGUCGUCCUGGUAGACUUCGAGAGCGAGGACAUGGACGUGGAGCGGGCCCUCCGCGCAGCGCGGCUGCCCAGAUACCAAUACCUGAGGCGAGCUGGAAACUUUGAGCGCUCUGCGGGGCUGCAAGCUGGAGUGGACGCGGUGGAGGAUGCCAGCAGCAUCGUUUUCCUCUGCGACCUGCACAUCCACUUCCCCCCCAGCAUCCUAGACGGCAUCCGCAAGCACUGCGUGGAGGGCAAGCUGGCCUUCGCACCUGUGGUCAUGCGGCUGAGCUGCGGGAGCUCACCAGGGGACCCACACGGUUACUGGGAGGUGAAUGGCUUUGGCCUUUUUGGGAUCUACAAGUCUGACUUUGACCGCAUUGGAGGCAUGAACACCGAGGAAUUCCGGGACCAGUGGGGAGGCGAGGACUGGGAGCUCCUGGACAGGGUCCUGCAGGCAGGGCUGGAGGUGGAGCGACUCCGAGUGCGGAACUUUUACCACCACUUCCACUCCAAGCGGGGGAUGUGGGGCGCACGCAGCCGCAAGGCCGCCCGAAAGGAGGCCCCUUGA